CGAUGCAGACGGUCCCUUGCCCCGACUGUUCCCCCCUCCCCCACUAGCUGAGCUCCUGUUUCACUCAAAGAUGGCGUCAGCUUUGGAGCCUCUGGUAUCUGGCUGCAUUUUUGGGCUUGUUGUUGUCUCUGAUUCUAAGGAUUUUUGGCACAUUAUCCACAGCAACUCGACACGAAAUUCAGGCUACAUUAGUUGCUGAAGUGGCGUGAAGGUGAUUUGUCUACGCCGCUCUCUGGGGUGAGAUAUCUGUUCCAGUCCAGACGUGAAAAGAGGGAUACUUCUGGAAGAGGAGGAGACCUGAGGGGAGAGGAGGAGGAGGAGGAAGGAGGAGAGCGCACGCCUGGAGGUUGUCGUCCCCCCACCCGUCGACCUUCAGUUUGCUUCGAUAACCCACAGAAAAACCGUUUCCCUCCAUAAUCAGCGCUGAACGACUGGCUUUCUAACACGACCAUGGUCGGCUCCGAUUCAACUCGCUGAGCGCUUUAUGUUUCCCGCCGAUAACAGACUGACCCAACGAGUUUCUUUGUCCAUAUUUUGCAACGGUUGAGGGAGACACUCAGGUGUUUGCCGGGCCAGGAUCCCCUGCGGUGGGACGGAGGAAGUGCUGCUCUUAAGAGGUUAGGCUGACCCCGCGACUCCGCCCCUCGCUGCGCUCCCUUCGGGCCGCGUCACCCUGCCAGGAAAAGGGGAGCGGGUCGGAACCAGGUUUCACCGGGCGGGUGGGUUGACAGGGGGGGUCUAUGCUAUGGUGAUCUGCUCCUUACCGUGCUGCUCGUGCUCAGGCUCUGAGGGACUCCCCGCGCGGCCCCGUGACAAAGGCUAGUCCCCCGGCGCAGGGUCGGAGGAGUAGGAGAACGAGAGAGGGGGAGGAGGCGGCGGCGCGUCAGAGCGCGGGCCCCCGGGACUCUUCCUUUUCCCUUUUCCGUACGCCCCCCCCCCCCGAAGGGGCGUCGGCGUUUCGCACAGGGGCGUCCCAGUCGCGGCUCGGGCCCCCGCGGGCCCCCCCCCCGCCCCGCCGGACAGUCGCCAUGGUGAAGCUAGCCAACCCCACGUACACCACCUGGCUCCUGGAGGCCAUCAAGAAGGUGAAGAAGCAGAAGCAGCGGCCGUCGGAGGAGCGCAUCUGCAACGCCGUGUCCAUGUCCCACGGGCUGGACCGCAAGACGGUGCUGGAGCAGCUGGAGCUCAGCGUCAAGGACGGCACCAUCCUCAAGGUCUCCAACAAGGGCCUCAACUCCUACAAGGACCCCGAGAACCCCGGCCGCCUGGCCUUCCCCAAGCCCCGCGGAGGCAGCUCCUCUGGGGGAGGCGGAGGAGGAGGAGGCAGCGGAGGAGGCAGCGGAGGAGGUGGUAGCGGCGGCGGCGGCGGCUCCAGCGGCUCCAGCCACCACCACCACCACCACCACGGCAAGAAGCCGGGCCUGGACUGGAACAAGCUCAUCAAGCGUUCCCUGGAGGGGCUCCACGAGACGGGCGGCUCCACCCUGAAGAGCGUGGAGCGCUUCCUCAAAUGCCAGGCCGACGUGGCCGCCUACCUGUCGGGCAGCGGCUCCAUGGGGCCGGGCCUCUUCCACCAGCAGCUGCGGGUGGCCCUGAAGAGGGCCGUGGCCCACGGGCGGGUGACCAAGCAGGGCCCGCUGUACCGCCUGCUGAGCCGCAGCUCCACGUCCCACGACGGCACGGGCACCGUGGCGCUCGAGAGCCUGCCGCCCGUACGCCUGCUGCCCCACGAGAAGGACAGGCCCGUGGCAGAGCCCAUCCCUAUCUGCAGCUUCUGUCUGGGUACUAAGGAGCAGAACCGCGACAAGAAGCCAGAGGAGCUGAUCUCCUGCGCAGACUGUGGCAACAGUGGCCACCCGUCCUGUCUCAAGUUCUCCCCAGAGCUCACGGUGCGAGUCAAAGCUCUGUGGUGGCAGUGCAUCGAAUGUAAGACCUGCAGUAACUGUCAGGACCAAGGCAAAAAUGCGGAGAACAUGUUGUUUUGUGAUUCCUGUGACCGGGGCUUCCACAUGGAGUGUUGUGCCCCCCCUCUGAUGCGGAUGCCAAAAGGCAUGUGGAUCUGCCAGAUCUGCCAGCCCAGGAAAAAGGGCAGGAAGCUCUUACACGAGAAAGCAGCACAAAUCAAACGACGCUACAACGCGCCGCUGGGACGCCCCAAGAACAGACCGGGGCGGCCGUUCAAGAAGCUGCGCGGGCCGGGCGGACGCGGGCGGCGGCGGCGCGGGGCCGGCGGCUCGGACCGGCGCUCGCAGGGCUCCUCGUCCCCCCACUCGUCCUCCAGCUCCUCCUGCGAGGGUUACCCCGGCGACGACCGGCUGCUGUUCUCGCUGCGCGAGGACGACGCGGCGAGCGGCAGCCUGCGCUUCAACAAGAAGACCAAGGGCCUGAUCGACGCCCUCACCAAGUUCUUCACGCCGUCCCCCGAGGGGCGCAAGGCACGGCAGGAGGUGGUGGACUACUCCCAGCAGUACCGCAUCCGCAAGAAGGCCCUCCGCAAGGAGGAUGGAGACGACAGGCUAGACAAUCAGGAGGGGAGCGACUGGCGCGAGGACGAGGACAAGCUCCCGGGCCACGAGAACCUGACUGAGAAGGACAUCGAGCUGUUCAGACACAUCCAGGAGCUGGCUCUGCAGAAAGUGGGAGUGACUGGCCCUCCAGACCCUCAGAUGCGCUGUCCGUCAGUCAUAGAGUUUGGGAAGUUUGAGAUCCAGACGUGGUACUCAUCUCCGUACCCGCAAGAGUACAGCAGGCUGCCUAAACUCUACCUGUGUGAGUUCUGUCUGCGCUACAUGAAGAGCCGCAGCAUCCUCUACCAGCACAUGCGCAAGUGCAGCUGGUUCCACCCGCCGGCCAAUGAGAUCUACCGGAAGGACAACGUUUCAGUGUUCGAGGUGGACGGGAACAUCAGUACCAUCUACUGUCAGAACCUGUGCUUACUGGCCAAGCUGUUCCUGGACCACAAGACGCUCUACUACGACGUGGAGCCCUUCCUGUUCUACGUGCUGACCCAGAACGACAGCAAGGGCUGCCACCUGGUCGGCUACUUCUCCAAGGAGAAGCACUGUCAACAGAAGUACAACGUGUCCUGUAUCAUGAUCCUGCCUCAGUACCAGCGGCAGGGCUACGGGAGGUUCCUCAUCGACUUCAGCUACCUGCUGUCUAAGAGGGAGGGGCAGCCUGGCUCCCCUGAGAAGCCCCUGUCAGACCUGGGCCGCCUGUCCUACAUGGCCUACUGGCGCAGCGUGGUGCUGGAGUGUCUCCACGAGGUCCGCGACCGGCAGCUCACCAUCCGCCGCCUCAGCAAGAUCACGGGCAUCUGUCCCCAGGACAUCACCACCAGCCUGGAGCACCUGGGCAUGCUGGAGCAGCGGGGGGACAGGCUGGUGAUGGUGCGGAGGGAGAAGCUGGUGUCCACCCACAUGGCCCGUCUGCAGGCGCGGCCACGGCAGCUAGAGGUGGUGCCCGACUGCCUGCGCUGGACGCCCGUCAUCGUCACCAACACGGUGGUGUCGGACGGCGAGGGAGAGGAGGAGGACGAGGAGGAGGAGGAGGAGGAGAGAGACAGCAAGGAGGAGCAGGUGAAAGCAAGCCACAAGCUGUCCCCCCUCUCCUGGCACGUCAGCGAGGAGACGGAGAAGGAGAUGAAGUGCUUCCCAGGGUUCCCUGCCAGCCAGAGCUCCCCGGCCUCCUCCUCCCCCGUCCGCUGCCCCCCGCCCGUCCCCGCCUGUCCCCGCCCCCCUCCCCCCGCCAACGGCGAGCGCAGGGGCCGGGGGCGCCCCCCCAAGAACUGGCCCUGGGGUAAGGUGAAGGACAGCCCCCGGGAGAGGGGGAGGCCCCCCAAGAUGAGGGCGGGGGCCGAGGAUGACAAAAGGGAGGGGGGAGCCAAGACCACUACUUCUUCCCCAGGCAGCCCCCCGGCCCUGUUCUCCCUGGACAGGCAGGCCGACGGCACAGGCCUCCGCUCCCUGGAGAUGCCCCGCCACCCUGCAGUACCACCCCCUCGCAGCAGAGGGCGCCCUCCCCGGAAGAAGCGAGGCCCCAAGCCCAGGCUGAGCGACGAAUCCCGGGGGGAUGGCCUACCCCAGCUGCCCCUGGCUCCCCGGCUCAGCGACCCCGCGCCCGUCAGACGUAGCUGCUUCAGCGAGAGCAGCGAGGAAGAGGACGAGGAGGAUGUGGAUGAUGAGAGGAGGACUCGCUCCCCUCCCAUCCUCACCAAGCCUGCCAUGGGCCUCAAAUGCAAGAAGCCUUUGCGAAAGCGGCGCAUGCGCCCGCGCAGUCACCCCCACAGCAGCGUCGUCACGGAGACCAUCUCCGAGACCACGGAGGUCCUGGACGAGCCCUUCGCAGACUCGGACCAGGAGAGGACCAUGCCCCGGCUGGAGGAGGAGACCCCGCUGGGGCACCACCCCCUCCGCCGCUACCUGCCCGCCCGCCACGCCCUGAGACACGGGGAAGCCACGCCCAAGCGAGCCCGCCGCGCCCACCUCACAGAGUCGGAGGAGGACGAAACCACCCCUGUCCUGAAGGCGGCCUCCACUUUGCCGGCGGCCCCCGGGGACCCCACCAAGACGGACCCAGACACUCCCGUCAAGAAGAAGAAAGGCUGGCCCAAGGGCAAGAGCCGCAAGCCCACACUGCACUGGAAGCAGCACCCAGGGCCGAUGCCAGGCAGCGCCGGCGGCCAGAGUCUGGCCCAGUCAGGGGAGCCCCAGCCAGCCAAGAUCAAGAUGAAGCCUGGGCGAAAGCCCCGGAGCUGGUACCUGCAGCGGGCCCAGGAGGAGGCGGAGAGGCUGGAGCAGGAGAGAGGAGGGGAGAAGCCCAUUGGGGGCCCGGACGACCGGACCGCCAAGAGGCCCCUCCGGACGCCGGCCUCCGACGACAUCGGCAAGCGCAAAGACUCUGACGAGGAAGAGGACUACAUCCCCAAACCCGUGGAGCCCAAGAUCCCCAGGAAGCGGGGGCGGCCGCCCAAGAACCCCGCCCUCCGCCAGCCCCUCCCCAAGCCACCCCCGGCGUCCGAGCCCGACGAGGAGGACGACGACGCGGAGUGUGAGCGGGGCUGGGGCGAGGCCAAGCCCAGCCGGCCCCCGCCCAGAACCCUGCUCUCCGCCACCGCCGGGCCCAGGGCCCCCCCGCCGCCCAGGGUCGAUGCAGACCUGGCGAGGGAGAGGGAUGAGGAGGACGAGGAGAGGGAGGAGGAAGAGUGCGCCGGCGGAGGCGCCGGCAGGAGGAUGGCGGCCAUGGCAGGCUCGGGGAGCCGGCGCAGCGACGACCACGACGCAGACGACGAGGGCGACGGCCACCUGGAGGACAAGAGCGCCGCCGGUGCCGCCGCUGCCGCCGUCAAGAAGAGGCGGAGCCAAGACUCGGAGGACGACGAGGAGGAGGAGGAGGAGGAAGAGGCGGCCUCCCCUGCCGCCUCGCCGCCGGUCAAGGAGGAGCCCCAGGGCGGCGAGGCUUUUUUAGAGCUGCAGGGCAGCGAGGCGGCGGCGACAGCGGGCCGGGACUACGUCAGCAAGCAGGAGGAGGAAGAGGAGGAGGAAGAGGAGGAGGCCGAGGAGCAGCCCCCGGAGGCCAAGUGCCGGCCGGCGGCCGCGCAAGACGAGAGGCGGCGGCGGGAGCAGGAGGAGUCGGCAGCGGCGGCGGCGGCCGUGGAGACGGUCACGGUCAUCUCGGUGGCCUCGGAGCCCAUCGAGCUGCCGCCCCUGCUCCCGGAGGACAAGGCCGUCACCCUGCUGAUCGAGCCCCAGCACCCCAACCCGCACCCGCAACCCCACCCGCAGCACCCCGACUUCAAGGAGGAGAUGGCCCACCACCCCCACCAUCACCACCCCCACCACCACAGCAGCAACGAGCUGGACCUGGAGACCAUGCAGGCGGUCCAGUCCCUGACCCAAGGCGAGGCCCAGGACGAGGAGGCAGAGGCCCACGGGGCCUACCAGGACUGUGAGGAGACCCUGGCCGCCUGCCGCACCCUCCAGAGCUACAGGGAGCCGGAGGAAGAGGCCCUGGCCUUGGCGGAGGAGUGCGGGGCGUCCCAGCACAGCAGCCCCCUGCCCAACCCGCCCAUGCCGCCCUUACCCAGCCAGUCGGUACGCUCUGUCAACAGCCCGGGCCUCGCUCCCGGGGUGCUGGGCGAGACGGGGCAGGGCCAGCGGGGCGGGACGCCCGGCCCCACGGGGGGAGCAGGCGGAGGGGGAGGCGGAGGAGGCUACACCCAGAUCACCCCGGAGCACCCCAGCUCCCUGUCGGCCCCCUCCCAGCAGAACAUGGAGACGAGCCCCAUGAUGGACGUGCCGUCCGUGUCGGACCACUCUCAGCAGGUGGUGGACAGCGGCUUCAGCGACCUGGGCAGCAUCGAGAGCACCACUGAGAAUUACGACAACCCCAGCAGCUACGACUCCACCCUCGGAGGGGGGGGCAACGGCGGGGGCAACGGCGGGGGGAUGUCGGCGGCGGCAGCCGCGGCGGCCUCUUCCUCGUCGGUCGCCGCCUCCUCCUCCUCCAGCUCGGCCGCGCCCUCCUCUGCCUCAUCCCAGGCCAGCAGCUGCUCCUUCGUCCCCGCUCCCGUCCUCACCUCCCCCAGCGGCCCCGGUGGCGUGGCCUCCCAGAUGUCCAUGGGCAGCUGCAGCCACAUCCAGCAAGGGGGCCCGGGACAGAGCGGCGGGCCUCAGCCCCCGCCGCCCCCUCCCCCGUCCGCCAACGCGCCGGGCUGCGGCCUCAAGCCCUCGCAGGGCUGCGUGAUCGAGCGCUCCCCCGGCGGCGCCGGCCAGCAGUCCCAGAAGAAGGUGCCCCAGCAGGCUCCUCCCCCCCAGCCCCCGCCCUCGGCCCCCCCUCCCCCGCCCCAGCAGCAACAGCAGCAGCCCCUAUCGCAGUGCAGCAUGGGCAACGGCUUCUCCUCCACGCCCAUGAUCAUGGAGAUCCCCGACAGCGCGGGCGGCGGCGGGGGCGGCCGGAGCCUGUACGAGCGGAUGGGCCAGGACUUCGGCGCCGGGGGUUACGCCCAGCCCUCGGCCACCUUCAGCCUGGCCAAGCUCCAGCAGCUCACCAACACCAUCAUGGACCCCCACGCCAUGCCCUACUCCCACUCCCCCUCCGUCACCUCCUACGCCACCAGCGUGUCCCUGUCCAACCCGGGCCUGGCCCAGCUGGCCCCCUCCCCCCACCCGCCCCAGGGCCAGUCCACCAUGACCCCGCCCCCCAACCUCAGCUCGGGCUCCAUGAACCUGGGCUCCCUGCAGCUGCAGUGCAACAUGCCCACCGCCAACAUCAGCCUGGCUCCGCCCCCGCACACUCAGCGGCUGCAGGGCCAGAUGGCCACGGUGAAGGGCCACAUCGCCAUCCGCUCCAAGGCCACCCAGCAGCUGGCCCCCUCCCCCCACCAGCAGCAGCUGUACGGCCGCAGCUCCGGCGCCGUGGCCAUGCAGGGCUCCCCCCGCACCCUGGCCGUGCAGCGCGGCAUGAUGCCCAACCUCAUGCCCACGCCGGCCGCCUACAACUCCAUGAACAUGAACCCGCUUAACGCCAUGUCGGCCGGCUACCGCAUGCCGCAGCCCAUGAUGAACAGCGGUUACCACGGGAACCCCCCCUACAUGAACCAGCCGGCGCAGUACCCCAUGCAGAUGCAGAUGGGCAUGAUGGGCGGCCAGGGGUACCCGCAGCAGCCUAUGCAGCCCAAUCACCACGGCAACAUGAUGUACACGAGCACCCCGCACCACAGCUACGCCGGCGUGCCCAAGCAGUCACCGUACAUGAGCAGAUGAGCUCCACCACCGAUCACAUCGGAGGGAGAGAGAGAGAGAGGUAGAGAGAGGGAGAGACGGGCCUAACCCGACACACUGACCCUCCGGGGGCUCCUGUCUAUCACUUGUAUCCACCCUCUCCGAAGCCCUAACCGGCACCUGAGGGAGAGAGGGGGAAAAAAAGAGGGGACUUCCCGGGUUUUGAAUUGUUGUUAAUUUUGUUUCCGUUCAGUUGGACUCAGUUUCCCAGCCACCCUCCCCAGGGCUGGCUGUGCAAGGGGGAAGGGGCUGCGAGGACAACGGGGGGGGGGGGGUAUGUGGACAUGGACCUCUGGGAGGAGCUGCCGCUCCGGUCAGACCCUGUCUGGGGGACGUGCUGGUGCCAGGGCCUCCUCCACUGUGUUGACCCCCCCAGAGCUCAGGAGGAGAGGGGGGAGGAAGAGGAGGAGGAGGAGGAAGAGGAGGAGGAGGAGGUAGAGGAGGAGGUGGAGGGACUUGAGGACGGACUUCGGAGGACAUGUUCAACGGAUAAAGGAAAAACGAAAUGGUUAACUGAAUAUAUAUUCAACCAUGCACACAAUCUUUUAAUUGACAUAGGAAGCCUUACCUUAAAAAAAGAGACAAUGAUAAUAAUUGUAGAUGGACCUUCUUAUUUUAUUUUUUUUUACUUAUGAUUUCGAAACUUUCGUUGUUUGUUUUCACUUCGACGACCGUGGAAAAUACUUGUGUGCAGUCCAAACUAUCUAUGCUUUGGUCUUUAUAUGUGUGGCAUACUGGAAUGAUGAUUCAGUCUCUCCAAUAACACUUAAACACACACACAUACACACAUUCUCAAGUACACACACACACACACCUCCGUUUCCGCUUGGUGAGCCAAGGCGUUACUUGCGUAGGAGUAAAGUUGGGCUUUAAGGAAAUAGCAGGACAGGUCCGGUGUCUGUCUUCCUCGUCGAGCGGUGUGUAUCAGCACCCAGAAGCUCGCGUUGCCCCUAGAGGUCAGGGGUCACGGCUCGCACGUACAUCCACAGUAAAACAAGUAGCAUUGUUUACCCCCGAACACAGGGCCACAGUAUAAAGUGCGGUUGUGAGACGUUGUUCAAUGUAAAUAUUCUGGUACUUCCCUCUGGACAGUCCCGCGACGGCUCCCCUAGUGGCAGGUGAGAGUCAGCGCGGCGCUCACUGUUUAGUCACACUCCACACACUGAGGUUGUUUAAACGUCAGCCCACGUAAUUGACCGUCUACUGGACAUGCGGAAAGACAUUUCCGGAGACCAUACUCACUGCUUUAAGGAAUCUCGGCUUUUUGAAGCUGGAACCCCACUUCAUUAAGUGUUAAUGACCCCCAGAGAGGUCAAGGCAUCCCUGUGUGAAUGUUGUUUUCUGUUAAACUGGUGUUGUUUUGUGCGCCUGCACGCUCCAUUGACUGGUGUUGGGUUAUUGACCGUCAUGCCCCAAACUGAUGGUCGAUGCCUCACCCAGUGCAUAGUGCUGGCCCUCACACACACACACACACACACAUGCAGGUGAAAGGGUAGGGUGCCCUGCAUGUGUACAGGUUCCAGUACCAUGCUGGGAGUAGAGGAAACCCAGUUGCUAUUGUAUUCCAGUAUUCAAGUCAAAGGAGGAAACUUUUUUUCUUACAGACCAGACUUUUCAUAUUUUAUUUGUGUAAAUUGUUUUUUCUUUUUUUUUUCUUUCGGUUUUUCUCUGAAUUUUAUCAGACUGGGCAGCUUUCUUUUAUGACACAAGCUGACUCUUUUUGACUUUAGAAAACCUAUUGUAGAGAAAAUGUUUUUUCUAUAAUAUAAAAAGGAAAUUCUGACAUUGAUAUUGGUACUGUCAUUUUUUUCACUUCAGUUUCAGGAAAAAACAAUACAUAUUUUUUAGCUCGACUUGGGUAAUAUUAUUAAGAAAUUCAAAACAACAAAAAAAUUACCACUCACUUUUAGUGAAUUUAAGAUGCCUUUAACCUCUCCAUUCCAUCUCAUCUCUAGAUUUUUCUAUCUUUGUGUAGUAUAUUAAUGCUAUUUUAAAACAAAAGGAAAAAACAGAUAUCUAAAGGUCACUUGAGAGUUCUUUUCUUUUGUUUUGAUCUGUGUGUGUAUAGGAUGACUUCCUUACAUUUAAGAGGCAUGUAAAAAUGAGCUCAGUAUAUUUCUGUCUGUUUAUAUCGCUUCCCUUUUUGUAUCCUUUGUAAUUGUACAUGGUGAGUUGUAAGCUAAGAGAGAGCUCAAAAUAAAGAGAGGAAUGGGGCUUGGCGCACAGUGAAGGUUGGUUGCGUCCAGCCGCCUCAGCUCUUCUUUGUCCCUGUAUGUAUUUACAUUUAUUUGUUUUUUUCUUUCUUAGCAAGUACUUUUAAAGAACUCUGUACAUUUUAACAUAAAACAAAAAUAAAUUAUGUUGAGCCAUU